AACGUUGGUCCCGCGUGAUGCAUCUCAGCCAAUGGAGAAGUGGCCUAGCCCCGUCGUGGAAGCGGCGAGAAGAGAGCCCUGUCGACUGAGGCCGCCUCUUCCUCCACCGCCGCUCUUGGGAGUCGGAGAAGGGGGGCGGGAGAAGAGGAAAGAGUCCUGCGCCGGGUCCAAGGGAGGGAGACAGCCAGCGAGUGAGCGAGCGCGGGAGGCAGGCCGGCUGGCUGGCCGGCCGGUGGAGUAGCAGCAGCAGCAGCAGCACAAGGAAGAAGGAGGAGGAGAAGGGGGAAAGAAGGGAGAGAGACGGGCACAGCAUCAGCACUACUACUACUACUACCACCGUUCCCCCAGUGGGAGGUUGCGACUCUCUGGCCUGGCGGGGCCCCAGCCACCCAUCCAAUCGGCCAUGCCGAAUAAAAAGAAGGAGAAAGUGAGCCAGGAACCUCCAAAAGCAGGCAAAAGUGGGAAAAGUAGCAAAGAUGUGCAAGAUAAUCUGGACAUUGAGGUUACAAGCAAAAAAUCCAACACCAUACCACCUACAGCACAGUUAUCUAAAGUCAAAGUACCUUCUGCACAACCUGUAGCGAAGAAAGAAAAACGGCAGAGUUCUUCAAGAUUUAGUAUUAGCAAUAACAGAGAACUCCAAAAGCUGCCAGCUUUGAAAGAUGUUCCCCCUGCAGAACAAGAAAAGCUUUUUAUUCAGAAGUUGCGGCAAUGUUGCGUCCUUUUUGACUUUGUUUCUGAUCCACUAAGUGACCUGAAGUGGAAGGAAGUAAAACGAGCAGCUUUAAGUGAAAUGGUAGAGUACAUCACACAUAAUCGCAAUGUGAUCACUGAGCCCAUUUACCCAGAAGUAGUACAUAUGUUUGCAGUUAACAUGUUUCGCACACUACCACCUUCAUCCAAUCCAACGGGAGCAGAAUUUGACCCAGAGGAGGAUGAACCAACCUUAGAAGCUGCUUGGCCUCACUUACAGCUUGUUUAUGAAUUUUUCUUAAGAUUUUUAGAAUCUCCAGAUUUCCAACCUAAUAUAGCUAAGAAAUAUAUUGAUCAGAAGUUUGUAUUGCAGCUUUUAGAGCUCUUUGACAGCGAAGAUCCUCGUGAAAGAGAUUUUCUUAAGACUACUCUGCACAGAAUAUAUGGGAAAUUCUUAGGCCUAAGAGCUUACAUCAGGAAGCAAAUUAACAAUAUAUUUUAUAGGUUUAUUUAUGAAACGGAACAUCACAAUGGCAUUGCAGAAUUACUGGAAAUAUUGGGAAGUAUAAUUAAUGGAUUUGCCUUACCAUUAAAAGAAGAGCACAAAAUUUUCCUUCUGAAGGUAUUAUUACCUUUGCACAAAGUGAAAUCACUCAGUGUCUACCAUCCACAGCUGGCAUACUGUGUAGUUCAGUUUUUAGAAAAGGACAGCACUCUUACUGAGCCAGUGGUGAUGGCACUACUCAAAUACUGGCCAAAGACUCACAGUCCAAAAGAAGUAAUGUUUUUAAAUGAAUUAGAAGAAAUUUUAGAUGUUAUUGAACCGUCUGAAUUUGUAAAGGUUAUGGAACCUCUUUUCAGGCAACUAGCCAAGUGUGUCUCCAGUCCACACUUUCAGGUGGCAGAACGAGCACUAUACUACUGGAACAAUGAAUAUAUUAUGAGUUUAAUCAGUGACAACGCAGCAAAGAUUUUGCCCAUCAUGUUUCCAUCCUUGUAUCGGAAUUCAAAGACGCACUGGAACAAGACAAUACAUGGCUUGAUUUACAAUGCUUUGAAACUCUUCAUGGAGAUGAACCAAAAACUGUUUGAUGACUGCACACAACAAUUUAAAGCAGAAAAACUUAAGGAGAAGCUAAAAAUGAAGGAACGGGAAGAAGCAUGGGUUAAAAUAGAAAAUCUAGCCAAAUCAAAUCCCCAGUACUCAGUAUAUAGUGACACCUGUCUGGUGAGCAGUCCUGUUGCAAUGGAAACAGAUGGGCCUUUAAUUGAAGACUUGCAGGUGCUGAAAAAGACAGUGAAAGAAGAAGCUUGUCCGGCCCUGAAGGAUCAGAAAAAGGAUCGUAGUAUGGUGCGGCGCAAGUCAGAACUGCCUCAGGAUAUCUAUACCAUGAAAGCCUUGGACUCCCAUUGCCGAUCUGAGGAUCUAAUAACACAUGAUGGGCAUUAGACUAUUCAAGUGAAAACUUAUUUGGAGGAAAACCCCUUUUUUCUGGACUCUGUUCCACAGUAGAGAACUUACUUUUUUGUGCCAUACUGAUCAGUUACACACAAGUCAAAGCUUUUCAGUCCCAUUCUGUUAGGCAAUAACUUUGAUACAGUAUGCACAGCUCAAGAUUAGUAGUUCAAACAAUGGUUAAAUUACCUGAUUCUGUAUGCAGAACCUUGAUUGAUAAGUAUUAAACGAAGACAUUUUCGUGGUGAUGUUGGCAUAGUUCUAACCAAUCAGAAGCAUGCACUUUUUCAUAUUGCUGAGAGAAGAGCAGUCUUUUGGUACAAAUCAUCAAGCACUGUUGCUGCACAGCCUUCCAAAUCUUUUUGGGCUGCAUCACCUGUUACACUUUUCUUUUAUUUUGGCAUGGAAAGCAGUUAUGAGUAGGGAAAUGCAUGGAGCCAUAAUGUUGAUCAGCAAGUUUCCAGUACGUACACAUUAGGAAACUAGAGUUGGUAGCAGUUUCUCACUCAUGUAUAUUACACGUUUGUGCACACACAAUAAAACGCAUGUGUGACUAUCAUGUGAUGGUCUACACAAGCAUUCCAUGUUUUUCUCUUAUAUGGAACUGCUUUCUGAAGUGGCCAUGCAUGGGUUUUCCUGAUUGGAGGUUGUACUGUCUGAUAGGUUGAGGCCAUUUUCUUUCUCCCUCCAAAGUUGGUACUGUGGCGAUAGUCAAGAUUCUAAAUUCAUAUAAAACUAUUAGGCAUUUUUAUAAGACUGAAAAAGCUUGCAGAAAAAAAACGAUUCUGCAUUACUGCCUUUACACAUUUCUGGCAGCUUGGAAACAUACAGUUAAACUGUUAUCUCAGUGCAGCUUACAGAAUGGUAAUUUUCAUGGCAAUCUUCAAUCACAGCUAAUUUUUAGGACCUCUGAAAAUUGUUUCAGAGAGAGGCACCCUCUGAGUACUUUAUAUGGAUUGAAGCCAUAUCUUCCAAUCUUUUAGUAUAUAAUAGAAGCUGAGUAUUUUGGAACUGAGUUGGUGGAAGAGGAAUUUGUGUUCCUGAAAAUGAAAUCCUGUCUGCCUUGACUAGAAAUAAAUUGCAUUUUUUAAAAGUCAUUGCAUAACUUUUUUGUUCCUCAAAAAUUACUAUUUUAUUCACCAAAAUGGCUUCACUGUUUUUCUCCCUUACCUGAGUUUUUACUCCGUGGCCUACUUUGAACUCUAAGAGUUCUUUUGGCAGACAUCAUGAGGCCAGCUAAGUUGGAUACAUUUCUCUGGAUGAUGUAGUUGGAUAAGAGUGCAGCAUCAAUACCUUUUUAGAUUAUUUUUAAUGAGGCAACAGAUUUCUAAUUGCAUUCUGCAUUUUUCAGAUGCCUGUCUUAAAAGCUGAAAAGUGAGUUACAGAAGUUCUGCUGUAAUAUUUUCUGUGGUGAAAAGCACAUGUAAUACUACACACCUCACAAGAAAAAAAACUCAUCUGAGUUGCUGUUGAUCUUCAAAUGCUGCUAAAUAUUCCACAAGAUUACUUGCAUGUUAUGAGCUCUUUUUUAUUGUUGUAGAUGGGAAAGCACGAAGGCAUUUUCUAAAUAUAUAUAUAUAUAUAGUGCUUUGUCUUCAAUAUUUGAUUUCUCUCAGGGUGGCCAGUAUUUUUAGACUUUUGUAUCCUGCUUAAGAGCUGAGUUUCAUUUGGGUUUUAUUUAGAAUGAGUGAUUUCUUUCUUUUGUGUCUGGCAAUAUCAUAACAGUGUUUAAUGUCUUGAUGCAGAAAAGUUAAAACGUGGCUUCUUUAAUAAUAGGUUUUUAAGGAAAUAAAGUAUCUUGAAUCCAUAAAAAUUAUUGUGCAAAACAGGCAUUUAUAGUAACCUUGUGCAGAUGUUAUGCCUGCUGUCUGGUCUCACUUAAAACAAAAUGUCCAAUAUUUAUCAUAAAAGCUAUGGAAAGAAAAUGUGGUGUGAUGGGAAUUAGUGGUAAAACAGAGCUAAAUUAAUGUAAAGACCACUCCAAGCUUCAAAUAAAAUGCCCACUCUGUGUAAAAAUAAUUCCUGUUAAACUUGAAAAUAAAUAUGGUUUACCAUAAUGAAAAACAAGUAAUUUAAAGCAGUUUAAAGAUGUCUUCCCCUUUUUGAAGGGGGGAAAGGGUGCUUUUAUAAUUGCAUAAGGCAACAUCUAUAUGUAUUUUGAUAUACCAUUGUUUGAACUUCCAUCUUUAGCUGGUAACCUAUCAAAUACCUUUUUUAUAAUUAGGCUGUUCAGUAGGUUCAUGAAAGAGGUUUCUGGAAAGAAGCACUCUCAUUUUAUCCUCGGGGGGAGUGGGAAAAUACUGUAUAUCAAUGUUUGGUUGUGUAACACUCAACGUAUAAGAUCUUUCACUGUCUAGAUUUUACUUUUGCUCUUUACUGAAGAUAAACAUUCACCAAAAAGCAAACGUUCUGGGAUAAGUGGAAAAAUUAUGCCAUGACUUGCUCUUGAGAUUUUAGGCCAGUGACAAACUUGCCUGAGCAAUAUUCUAAAAUUUAGCAGCACUAAUUGUUUGGCUUGUUUGUUAUCACCAUUUUUAUGCUCUGUAUAAGUUCUGUAUUAAAUUAUUCUAAAAACUAAUGCAUCCAAAAUAAAAAUGUGCAAAUAAAAUAUAGUUUUGGUGACUGUUAUUCUUCAUAAAGUUCAGUGUUAGCCAUCUUCUUAUGUUCUCCAAAAAAAAUUUAUGCCUGUGCAUCAGGAAUGUCAAAAAGAAUAUUACAAGUGUCUUUUUUUGUGUGGCUUUAGUAUGGCUUCAUUUUAAUAUUGUACAUACAUUGUACUUUGUUUUAUUGUAAUGAGUAAUAAAAAUGUAGACUUCA